GGAAGAUGAUGAUGAUGAUUCGAAAAUGAAGGUGGUGGAGAGUGGAAAUGGCUGCUGAGUGCUGAGACAAGUCUCCAACCCCACAAACCCUAAGGCUAAGAUUCUCCUCUCACACAUACGUUGCAAUAAGAAGAGCCACACGUCCAUAAUACUUAACUCGAUUUAUCGAUUGAAGCUUCCCAUGGUUUGUUGAGUUCUCUCCAUCCGUCUCUUAUUCUACUUUCUGAAAGAUUGAAACUUUAUAGAUUUGAGAUUCCCUGAUGCUCGUUUAUGCGAAAGGGUUUCUAAAGUGCGGAGCACCUGGAGUUCCAUUCUUUUUUGACAAAAGAAAUUCCUUCUUAACUAAUACAAAGAGGGGCUUUCACAGUUUACCCUCAGGCACUGGAGAUUGUGUUUAUUUCAACAAUAAUCUUAGGUACUCAACCAAAUCAAUAGAAGUUGUGGAGAAAGCUGCCAUUGAGAUGGGUUCAAAGGAAGCAAAGGCAGAGAAUCCAGCUUUAUCUUCAUACGAUGAUGCCAUGGAAGCGCUGUCAACUCUUAUUUCUCGUCGAAACCGUGGGGACCGCACACCUACUAGUGGAAGUCGUGACAAGCUUGAACAAGUCAUCGCAUAUCUCAAGAUUUUGGACCUGGAGGACAAAAUACAAGAACUAAAAGUUAUUCAUGUUGCAGGAACUAAAGGAAAGGGUUCAACAUGUGUCUUCAGUGAGGCAAUUUUACGUAAUUGUGGGUUUCGAACCGGAAUGUUUACAUCUCCACACCUGAUUGAUGUAAGGGAAAGAUUUCGAAUAGAUGGCUUGGAUAUAUCUGAGGAAAAGUUUCUACAGUAUUUCUGGGAAUGUUGGAAGUUACUGAAGGAGAAAGCAGUAGAUGGUCUUACCAUGCCUCCUCUUUUUCAGUUCCUCACAGUAUUGGCGUUUAAGAUUUUUGUUUGUGAAAAGGUUGAUGUUGCUGUCAUUGAAGUUGGACUUGGGGGAAAACUUGACUCGACAAAUGUGAUUCGAAAACCUGUCGUCUGCGGCAUUGCAUCUCUUGGGAUGGAUCAUAUGGAUAUAUUGGGAAAUACGCUAGCUGAUAUUGCAUUUCAUAAGGCUGGGAUUUUCAAGCCUCAAAUCCCCGCCUUCACAGUACCCCAACUCUCUGAAGCAAUGGAGGUUCUUCAGAAAACAGCUAAUAAUCUUGAGGUUCCUCUGGAAGUGGUAGCCCCUCUUGACCUUAAAAUGUUGGACGGAGUUGCGCUUGGCUUGUCUGGGGAUCAUCAGCUUGUAAAUGCAGGUCUCGCUGUUUCUCUUUCAAGAUGCUGGCUUCAGAGAACUGGGAAUUUGGAGAAGAUAUUUCCAAAUGGAACCAAGGAAACUGAGAUUCCCGUGGCAUUUUGUCGUGGUCUUGCAACGGCACGUCUUCAUGGGAGAGCUCAAGUUGUUCAUGAUGUAGUUUCAGAUCCACAGGACUCGUCUGGUUCCACGGAAUCUUCAUGCGGUGAUCUGAUAUUUUACUUGGAUGGAGCUCACAGUCCAGAGAGCAUGGAUGCUUGUGGUCGAUGGUUCUCUGCUGCAGUCACAGGAAACAAAAGCUUGUCUACUGCUGUCAAUGGUUACAGGAGAAAUGGGGAGUAUAGUAGAGACUUUCACAGAGUCUCCAGACAGAUUCUUCUGUUCAACUGCAUGGAAGUAAGAGACCCUCAAGUCUUACUUCCAAAGCUCGUCACCACUUGCGCUUCCUCAGGCACUCAUUUCUCAAGAGCGCUUUUUGUCCCGAGCAUGUCUACUUACAACAAGGUCAUUUCGGGUGCAGCAGCGAUUCCUUCGGAUACACGUAGAAAAGAUUUGACUUGGCAGUUCAGACUACAAAGACUGUGGGAGAAAUCAAUCCAAGGAACAGAUGCUGCGCUUGACCAUACACUGAAACCGGAUGGAAUAACCACCUUACCACCUCAUGAUUUCCUAUGUGGAGAUGCACCUCAUUGUGGUGGACCUGCAGGGACACAAGUGGUCACUUCCAGCGCUGUAAUGCCUUCAUUGCCAUUGACUAUAAACUGGCUACGAGACUGUGUACGACGGAACCCUUCACUGAAACUAGAGGUUCUGGUCACAGGAUCGUUACAUCUUGUUGGAGAUGUGCUCAGAUUGCUGAAGAGAUGAUUAGAUUUUUUUCUUUUAUAACCAAAACUAAAAAAAGGCUCCGUAAGAGUAGUCAAAUCUUUACAGAGUUCCAUUGUUUUAUACUUUUUUUUUUUUUUUUAUCUUUCUCAUAAUUACCCCAAUUAACUCGCUGGUCCAUCAAGCUGUAUUUUUCUGUUAAACUUUAUUUGUGUUUCCCAUAAUUACCAUUUAAUUCGCUGGUCCGUUUUUUACAUAACGUGAGAACCUUUCUCUU